ACUUUGCUGUGCGCGGCCGUAAACGGUCCGACCACUGUCAACACAGGGAGAGUUGGCUCAACGAUGCACCUGGAAAAUAUUAACCCACUCGAAACAUGGAGGAGCUGACAAGUCCUGUACGAAAGCAACACGAAUUCAAUGUGGACAGGCUUUUAAAUUACCUGUCUGCCAAGUCACAGGUGUCGAACAAUGACGCACUCACUGUUAGACAGUACAGUGCUGGUCAGUCAAACCCAACCUUCCUAAUCCAAACACCUGUAGACAGCUUUGUUCUCAGGAAGAAACCCCCAGGUGUGCUGCUGCCAGGGGCCCACAAGGUGGACAGAGAGUAUCGGGUGCAGAGGGCUCUGUUCUCUGCUGGCUUCCCUGUACCUCGGCCUCUCUUGCACUGCACUGAUGCUGAAGUCAUCGGGACAGAGUUCUACUUGAUGGAGCGUGUGAAGGGGCGUAUAUUCAGAGAUCUUCGUCUCCCUGGAGUAAGCGCAGCAGAGAGAACAGCUCUAUAUGUGGCUGCAGUGGAGGCGUUGGCAAAGCUACACUCACUGGACCUGGCAUCACUGAACCUUGAAGGGUAUGGAAAAGGAUCGGGCUACUGCAAGAGACAAGUGUCCACCUGGACGAAGCAGUACGCCGCAGCAGCACACAGAGACAUUCCAGCCAUGAAUGAACUGUCCGAUUGGUUGAUGAAGAAUUUGCCAGCCAAUGACAACGAGGUCACACUUGUCCAUGGAGAUUUUCGAUUGGACAACUUGAUAUUCCAUCCAACUGAGGCGCGUGUGAUAGCAGUGUUGGACUGGGAGCUGUCUACCACUGGGCACCCAUUGGCAGACUUGGCUUAUUUCCUCAUGCACCACUACUGGCCUGUGAGCUUUAACAUCAUCGACACAAUGGGCAGCUUGAAAGGAAUAGAAGGUAUCCCAUCUGUGAGCGACCUGAUCUCUAUUUACUGCCAGUGCCGUGGGAUCCCAUCUGCUUUGCCAGAGUUGAAUUUCUACCUGGCCCUGUCUGUCUUUAAAAUGGCAGGAAUUGCCCAGGGGAUCUAUGCACGGCAUCUCCUGGGUAAUGCGAGUGCUCCCAAUGCGGCUCAGUUCGGCCAGUGUGUGGAGCCCUUGGCUAAGAUUGCCUUGCAGCUUGCAGAGAGGUCUGUCACAGCUCCUUCAGAAGGUGGUCUAUUCCUGCAGACAGCUAAAGGUCAGACUGUUCUCCAGCAGGUCAAAGACUUCAUGAGACAAUACGUGUUUCCUGCUCAGGAGGAAGUUGCAGAAUACUACUCCAAACACAGCCAGUCCCCACAGAGGUGGCACACCCCCCAAAUAAUUGAAGAUCUAAAGAUGAAAGCCAGGGAGGCAGGACUGUGGAACCUGUUCCUGCCGGCUGUCAGUGGUCUGAGUCAGUUGGACUAUGCCUACAUCGCAGAGGAAACUGGACGCUGCCUCUUUGCCCCUGAAGUCUUCAACUGCCAGGCUCCUGACACCGGAAAUAUGGAGGUGCUUCACAUGUUUGGCAGUGAGGAGCAGAAGAGGAAAUGGCUGGAGCCUCUGCUCAGAGGAGAGAUCCGCUCCUGCUUCUGUAUGACAGAGCCUGAUGUGGCCUCCAGUGAUGCCACCAACAUGGAGUGCACUUUUCACAGGGAUGAAGACAACUACAUCAUAAAUGGCAAGAAAUGGUGGAGCAGUGGUGCUGGCAAUCCCCGAUGCAAAGUUGCCAUUGUGAUGUGCAGGAGCGGUUCUCAAGAAGUCAGCAGCAGGCAUGGCCAGCACAGCAUGCUCCUCGUGCCUAUGGACACACCGGGCGUGAAGCUCGUCAGGCCGCUCACCGUGUUUGGACAGGAUGAUGCUAUUCAUGGUGGCCACUUUGAAGUGCACUUUGAAAACGUGUGCGUCCCUGCCUCCAACAUUAUCCUGGGAGAGGGCCGGGGAUUUGAGAUCGCCCAAGGUCGUCUGGGGCCAGGCAGACUGCACCACUGUAUGAGAGCCGUGGGUCUGGCAGAGUUGGCACUGGAGCUGCUCUGCCAGCGCGCUGCCUCCAGACACACAUUUGGAAAGAAAUUAUACCAACAUGAAGUUGUUGCUCACUGGAUAGCAGAGUGCCGACUCAUGAUAGAACAGACCCGACUGUUGACUCUACAUGCUGCUCAUGCCCUGGAUAAACUGGGCAGCCGGGCUGCUCGCAAACAGAUUGCGAUGAUCAAGGUGGCAGCAGCCAGGAUGGCCUGUAAGGUGGUGGAUUUUGCUAUACAGGUAUAUGGAGGUGCAGGUGUCUCUGGAGACGUCCCACUAGCACAAAUGUAUUCUUAUGUGCGGACUCUACGCAUUGCUGACGGGCCAGAUGAGGUGCACCUCUCCUCCAUUGCUCACCUGGAACUGAGGGAUCAGCUCAAGAAGGCACAGGCCAAACUGUAAAGCGAUGGACGUCACAUGACAGCUUCACCUACUUGCCUUAAACAAAAACACUGAUUUUAAUUUGUGAAAACUUACAUUAAGUGUAUCUAAAUGACUAUGACCUAAUUAUUCACGUCAACAGACUUUGUGUAAAAUCAUUCCAUUAAAAGUUUCUGAAUGUC